AUUCCAUCACGGAGUGCAUAUAUAUUUUAGUUUGUAGAUAUUUAGAUAUUCAAUCCAGCUGUUAUAUGGUCGGUCAUAUUCUUAUUUAAGGUUACGCAAGCCUGGUCUGGAGAUAUAGUUUUCAUCCAAGUUCAAUGAGUUACUGAUUGUGAGUGGCAGUUCCUAGUUAGUUACGUUUCCAGUUGAUAAGAUAACCACACAUAAACAGUCUUAACUUAAUAUUCAUUCAGCCUUUUGAACAUGUAUUAACUUAUGGUUGACGCUCAAGAAGAUAAAGUUGCGCAACCAUUCUUACAAAUGGCAGAUAAGGUCUUUUCCCUAUAGACUUACGACGAAGGGCAGUGACAUUGUGGCGAAAAUAAUUAGUCUAACCCAAACUUGUCUCUUCCCAUGUGGCAAUAAAUCUAGUCGUAGUCACUACAAUUUAAUGAAUUUAAAUCCCAUGUAGAUUUCACGAGUUGAAAUAUUUAUUAAAGAUUGUGUUAGCCACAAAGCGAAGGAAACUUUGUGCGUCGGAAAGUUGAGGUGGCGAGUGUGGCAGCAAAGUUAAAGCCCCGGAGGGAAAGAUCAGUUCCAUUUCCAUUACGAGAUCCAUCUCCUCGACCGACUCGACAAACAAAUUCCUUUCUCCCUUCAAUUUCGAAAUGUAUAAAAUAUCCAGCGGUGGAAGGAAAAGGCAGGAAAUAAGUCUUGUUGUCGUCUCCGUGGUGGUCUUGACGUGCGGAUGGGCGAAGGCAUGUGACGAUUCGUUACCACCAUUUCAAGGAUUUGGUGUCUUUCUCGGCGCUGUCGGCCACUUUGCCAGUUCCCCCAAGGACACCGUUGACCAAGUUGUUGAUCGAGUCUACUCCGACUUGGGCAUUAGACAUUACCGGAUUUCGUAUGAAUCUCAGUUUUCACCCGAACCCAACAACUACACAAUUUCCUGUUCACUCUCACGUUUUGCAUGUACCUGGAUUCAACUUUUGGACACGAUUUCAAAGUAUGACAAGGAAAAUGAUAAAAUUUCUGUAAUUGCAUCCAUUUGGAGUCCACCCCAUUACAUGAAAAAUCCAAUCCUGAACACCUUAAAGGAAUCUCAUGAGCAAGAUUUUUACUAUUUCAUCAAAAAUAUCACAGAAAUAAUUAAACAACAGUUUAACGGCCUCCAAAUUGAAAAAGUAUCGCCAGUGAAUGAGCCCGAAAAUAUUGUGGCCAGUUGGGAACAUACAAAUAUGAUGCCCAGCCAGUUGUGCCGCAUGGUGAAAGCAAUGAAUGAUUCUUUGGUGUCGCUAUGCCCCGAAAAUUCCUACUAUUGGAUGUCUGAACUAUACGCCAAUUACACUGAUGAGGAAUCUGGGAUUAGUUGUCGAGAUAGUUGCGACACGUUUGCGACCCAUGGAUACACCUUAGACAUUGAUUAUUGGUCUCCAUAUCGGCUCUACGCGUAUUAUGAUCCUGGGAAGUAUUCUCGCUUCACUUCCAAGCCAAUUUGGCUGACGGAAGUGAGUUCGACCUUUCCACGGCUUCCCACAGUCGCCAAUCAGCUCAAAGAAGGACUCGACCUUGCUACAAACAUCGUAAAUUUCGUAGGAACCAGUUGCGUUCAACGCUACUAUUUUUGGUCAAUGUAUACGGACAGCGACUCUGGAGAAAGUUUAAUUUGGGGAAAUUUUAGCGAAAACUCGACGCUGGCUGGAGACCAUGUGUUCUACUACCCGAAAACGUACCACAUCUAUAAACACUUUACUAAGGCCAGUUUCGGUGGGGAUAAGUAUAUCAAGGACUGCAAAAUACGCCUUGAUCCGAUUUCCUCGUCGAAUUCGCAAGAGGAGCAGCUAUGUCUUAAAUUUGCUGACAAGAUAAACAAUACAAGUAUCACAGUAUUUCUGAACAAGGGCGAUGAUCAUGUUAAACUUGAAGGUGCCUCUUGUGUGUCAAGUUCUACGUUGUGUUGCACCGCACAGGAAUUUGAUUGGUGGUGCACUGCAGUGGAUGACGAACCAAUAAUUUUGCCCAAAAAAUCAGUUUGUUCCUGCCAAACACGACUGGAUGACAACAGUGAAUUUAUUGCUAGUUCUGAUAUAUUUUCUAAUGAAGUAUAAAACUAUUGUUAUUUGUUAUUACAAUUUUUGAACUUUUAACCUGACGAAUAUUUAUACGAACCUGUAUAUAAACCUGUUACAAUCAACAAUUACGAAGA